GUGCUCCCGAAGGACCUCUGGCUGCUAGGGCCCUUAGUACCUAGACCAUCCUCGCAGCCUGGGCAGUGCCGGGGCCCCGAGGGGGCAGCAUGGGCAGAGCCCAGGAGGCGGGUUGGCUGGCGGGCCUGGUGCUCGGGGCCGGCGCUUGUUACUGCGUUUACCGAUUGGCCUGGGGGAAAGAAAAAAGCCGGAAGACGGCGGCUGCGGGCGGGAGUCGAGGCUGCCCCGCGGGGCCAGGCCAGACGCUCCUCCAGCGGGCGUCCGGCCUCCCGGUGGUGGCCAGCCCCUCCCCUCCUGCAGAGGAUGAUUUUGCCAAAUCAUCUAGUAUACUGGAAGCUCAACAUCUUAAAAAACUCAUUUGCUUGCUAGAGUCAACUGAGGAUCCUUUAAUUCGUGAAAAAGCUUUGAUUACACUUGGUAACAGUGCUGCUUUUUCGAUCAAUCAAGAUAUUAUUCAUAAUUUGGAUGGUCUCUUAGUUAUUGGAAACAUACUGAAAGACCCCAACCCCAAAAUUAAAGAGAAAGCUUUAAAUGCCCUAAAUAACUUAAGCAUGAAUAUUCAGAACCAGAGGGAAAUUAAGGUAUAUAUGAGCCAAAUCUGUAAGGAGACCAUCUCCUCUCCCUUGAAUUCAAAUGUACAGCUGGCUGGCCUGAGAUUAUUAACAAACAUGACAGUCACCAAUGACUAUCAGCACUUAAUUGCCCAUUCAGUUUCAGACUUCUUUGAUUUGUUAUGUGUGGGAAAUGAAACCACCAAGAUUCAGACUUUAAAAGUGCUUUUGAAUUUGUCAGCAAAUCCAGCCAUGACGAGUGAACUUCUCAGUGUGCAAGUGCCAUCAUCAUUGAUUUCCCUCUUUGAAGGAAAUGUGGAGAAGGAAAUUCUUACUCGUGUCCUUAUGCUCUUUGCAAAUUUAAAUGACAAUGUAAAGCAGAAAGAGAAUGCAUUUGCCCAGCAUCAAUUUAAUAAUGGCUCUCUUUUCUCUCUACUCUAUGGAGAAUCUACAGAGUGUACUGAGAAGUUGCUGUCCUUAGCAUAUCACCAUGAUGUUGAUGUGAAAGAAAAAGUUGCAAAAAUACUAACUGUACUUUGAUUGGCCUUGUAUUUCAAAAACAACAUAAUUACCCAGUGUUGCAGUCUGUGUGAGACAAAUGGUUGUGACACAUUUAUCUCAUUCACAUAGUUUGGUGCUGUCACUCCCUAGAUCACAAUGGUGACUGCAAAGCCUUGGGGCAGAGAAAGAACAUUCAUUUAGGAGUGUUAUUCCAGUUGGCGGAAGUAAAACUAAGGUUCUGAUCAGCCAUUUGCUCAUGUAUUCUCUUUGCCAUUUACUAUAACCAAGGGAAAACAGUAGAAUCUAUGAAGAUUUCCAAGAUUUCUUGUACCCUUGAUCAGUAAAAUGAAACUAGAAGGAUGGGAUCCACCAAUCAGAGAGUAUGCACUAAAGCAAGGAGCCUAGACAUAUCUGGAAGAUUCUUUGUGACUUUCUGGUCUAAGACACUAAUGAAGCCCUUGAGGACUCUGGUGCUGGAGAUCUAAUUCAAAUUUAUCUACUCUGGAUGUAUGGCAUGAGGUUAUCACCUGAAGAGAAAUUUGUUAUGAUUUUAUACUUGAAGCCUUGAAAAAAUGAAAAAAUUAUUGUGAGAUAAAAUAUUAUAAGGACAUUUUAACAGUCGCCUUAAUUCAAAUUAUUAAGAAUUUUCUCAUUGGCUCUGAGUUUAAAUGAACACUACAGAACUUUUUUAAGAAUGGGAAUUUUGAUCUGUAAAAGCUACAAUGUAUUUUUUAAAAAUGUAUCACAGUGCAAUUAAAAAAAUAGCUUUAAUAAAAUUAAACAGAACAAAGUCACUAUAACUAUUGUGCAAAACAAAUGUGACCAAUAAUCUGUGUGAUGUCAGUUUUAUUCUAAGAAUAGUCUUAAUCUAUAUCUAGCAUACACCUGGAUUCUAAUACCUACCACCCAACUAUCAGGAUUUGAACCUGAGACAAACCACUCAAUGUUUCUGACAAGCCUCAUUUGAAAAAUAGGGAUAAAUUCACUCCAAUUUCUUCAAGGCUAUUUGAGGGAUCAAAUCACUCAAUAGGUGUGAAGAUGCUUUAAAAGUGCUAUUUGAAUACAUGGGACUUAGGAAAGAGCACAGAUUGGAGGCAGAGGACCUGAGUACCACCCCUACUCUGUCAUCUACUCCCUGUAUGACCUUGGGCAAGUCACUCAGGACCUGUUUCCUUAUUUGAAAAAGAGGAGUUGUAUUUUCCUUCCAGCUCCAUGUCUUGGAUCUUAACGAUUGGACUAGGACAAGAAAAUUGAUUUGGUUCAACUUAACACUGAGCCAUCACAGUUCUACCUGGUAAAGAAAUGGGUUUUUCUAAGUAUGUACCAUGUGCUUUCAUUUUGGGGUUUGCUAUUUUAAUAAAUUGUACUUUUAAGCAAAGGACUGUAAAGCAAUUAUUAUUUUAAAGUGAUUGUGACUAGCAUGUGUACUAUAAUUAUGUAACUCAGUUUUUGUCUUUAUAAAAAGAGGUUUUUGUUUAGUAGAGGUAAUUGUGAGGUACGUUAAAGGACACUGGGGAAAUUGCCAAAUAAACUUUGGGUGGCUCAUGUGUCUGUUCUUGAU